CCCUCCCUUUCCGAGCAAAUGGAACAUGCCAAAGCAGCGGCUCACUCACUUCUGCGCCUAUCUUUAGCCCCACGCCGCUUUCAUUGCUCUGCUGUGGUCUUCACCAGAUUUCAUUAAAUCACAGAAAAUGCUAUCAUUGUUCAGACGUCCUUAGAGAUAUGUUGCGCAACUUUUAUAAAGUUUUCUUCAAACUUUUGUCGACAUGAUUUGGUAACUUAGAAGGCUCAGAGGAUCAGCGAAGCUUGUAAAUUGUCAUUCGGGAAUGUUUAUUAUUUUUCUGGAAAAGAAGAGCUGAAGGAGUCCCUCUUGUUUAGUGGCAUGCCAACAACAUCAACUAUGGCCCAGUGGCUGCUGAACAUAUGGGGAGUUUUCUUGCUGCUUCUGCUCAUGGUGUUGGGAGAAUCAAAGGAUAUCCAUGUGCUGAACUCUACAAUAUGGCCUCUGUAUCCUCACAAGCCUUUGCUGCUGGCUUGGAAUGCCCCAACGGAGGAUUGUAAGCCGCGUCAUGGUGUGGAUUUCCAGCUUGACCAAUUCCAGAUUGUCGCAUCUCCCAAUGAGGGCUUCACCCGCCAGAAUCUGACCAUCUUCUACAAGGACAGGCUGGGUCUGUAUCCUUACAUCGAUACCGAUGGUCAACUGGUGAACGGCGGGCUUCCUCAGAAGGCCAGCCUCACACAGCACCGUGAGAAGCUUCCUGAAGGCGUCGACUACUACAUCCGUGACUCGGCUGCCAAGGGACUGGCUGUCAUUGACUGGGAAGAGUGGCGCCCUCUCUGGAUCCGGAACUGGCAGACCAAGGACGUGUACCGGAAUCAGUCCCGGAAGAUGGUGUCGCAGAAGAACCCAACGUGGCCCACCCACAGCGUCAACAAAGUGGCCCAGCAGGAGUUUGAGAUGUCGGCGCGGCAGUUCAUGCUGGAAACCCUACGCAUGGUCAAGAACCUUCGCCCUGGGCAGCUGUGGGGCUUCUACCUCUUCCCCGACUGCUACAACCACGACUACCAGAACAGUCUGGAGAACUACACGGGCCGGUGCCCGGACGUGGAGGUGGCGCGGAACGAGCAGCUGCGCUGGCUGUGGGCAGAGAGCACGGCGCUCUUCCCCUCCGUCUACAUGGGUUCGAAGCUGCGCGCCUCGCCUCUGGCCCGCCUCUUCGUCAGGAACCGCGUGCGGGAAGCCCUUCGAUUGGCCCAGGGUGGGGAGGGGGACGGUCCCUCACGCCCCGUGUUUGUGUACGCCAGGCCUACCUAUGCCAAUGAUCUGGAGCUCCUUACACAGAGUGACCUGGUCUCUACCAUUGGAGAGAGUGCAGCUCUGGGGACAGCAGGCAUCAUACUGUGGGGAGAUGCCACAUAUGCAGGGAACAAAGACACGUGCGUCCGCCUGAGCGAGUACCUGCACGGCCCGCUGGGCCACUACCUGCUCAACGUGUCCACGGCGGCGGAGCAGUGCAGCCGGGCGCUGUGCGGGUGGCACGGCCGCUGCCUGCGCAGGAACGCCAACACGGACACCUACCUGCACCUCGACCCGCUGACCCACAGCAUCCAGAAGCAGGGCGGCCGGCUGCGCGUGGUGCCCACGGGGGGAAAGCCGCGCGCCGGGGAGGAGAGGAGCCACUGGGCCCAGGACUUCAGGUGCCAGUGCUACAGCGGGUACCAAGGCGAGGACUGCGCCAUGCAGGACCCCCAGCAGCAGAGAGGGGGCGCCGUAUCCGCUAUCUGGGGGUGGACCCCACAGCGUCUUCUCCUGCUGCUGAUGCCAGUGCUGCUGAUGCUGCCGUUGCUGCACUGAAUAGACCAACCACAUGAGAAACACCCACGCAAAUACAUGCACACCAAUAAACACAACAUACUGUACACACAUUCUUGUCUUACAAACUUUUCCAGGACUCCCAGGGUUCUGACACUCCCCAAACAAGCACUUACACUUGUUCAGUGAAAACAUACAAAUCAUACUGGCAGAAACACAAAAAAAUGGACACGUUUCCGUAAAAAUCUGCCCAAAGCACUCCUCACUGCAGGAUCGGCUCCUAGGGUAAUUACUCACACUGCUCGCUGAACACACAUUUGUCAAACGCAAACACCCACACACACACACACGCACACGCACACACACACACACACACACACACACACACACACACACACACACACACACACACACACACACACACACACACACACACACACACUAGCCCAUGCCUGAGUCAGACGUGCCUGUGGAAGAUUAGCAGUAGACAGGGGAGCUCCAGUGGAAUUCCUGAGCAAACACAGUACUUAUGUUUAAGUCAGGGACAGUGAUGAAUUUUCAGGUGGCAGCUGUGCUUAGAUACCUGAAAUACCACAGCUUAAGAGACUGGGGUAUACUUUAGUCACAGCAGCAUAUCUUUCACCCAUGUGCUGUGCAAGCAUAACCUAUGGAUUAGGGAAUCAACUAUGGUAGCAUGGCUUAGUGGAUUUUUUUAAGUUAUUUGAUCGGUAUUUGAUGUUGGUAUUGUUUGAGAGUUAUGCUAAGGGAUGAAUUAAAAACCUCAGAUCUCAUGUUUUUUCUUAUUGCAAGUAAAGGUAAACCAAGAAGCUUUUCCUUUCUCAGUAGAACACUGCUUAUUUGCAGUAUGUCGAAAUCGUGUGUUUGUAGAUGUAGAUGAGUGUAGAAGAGACAAGUCUGUCAUGUUGACUGUAUAUUACCAAAGUACUCGACUACAAAAUGAAUGGGCUGCUAGCAGUUAGAUAGUACUUCUGUCCUUUUCAUGCAACUCCUGUUAAUAGUCAGGCUAAAGUCACAGCCAGUUAUGUAUGUUGCAGUGCCACAGUUUGCCUUAAAGGACAACUCCGGUCUAAGAAUGAUAACGAGUACAAACUUUUGUUGAGGACCAAAACUAUGUGAGUAGUUUUGAGUAAAACCGGAAUAUUCAUUUACAAUGAAAUGGCAUAUAGUCAUAGCCUUGGGGACAAGCUCACUUCAUGCAGUUAGAGCAUUGCCUUACUAUUUUGGUCACAACUUGUAUGGACUUCUCUUAGCAAGAUGGCGGCGACUGGAAGCAGAAUUUUGGUAAUACACUGACUGCAAACAAACAAACCAGUGUCAUUUCUUAUUAAGAGCUGAAAACGAAAUCCAUCAAAAACAUUUAACAAAAACACACAUACACAUUCACCGUCAUGUGAUCCACACAGUUUCAUGGACUCCAAACAGGAGCACUUACUGGAAGGGAAGUCGCGUGAACUCUACAAAUGGAGUUUGUUUAUGGUUGUGUGUUUGUUUUUGCUGGAAAAGGACAGUGUUUAGCCUCUUUCUGCUUUCCUGUGCAUAAUUUUCCCAUGAUCCCAAAGUUAGAGGACACUAUUUUGUCUUGUUUGUGAGAGUUUUUGAAGAGGAUGCACCAGAUAUUGCAAAUGAGCUGUUAUGAUCUGUGGUUCAGACAAGUUUGCCCCAUUCAUUUGAACAUUUACAGAAAGCCCUGUAUGUGUUUGCCUUUUAUGACUUGUUUGUGUGCUAACAAUGAGAGGGGAUGAACAAGAGUGGUGAUCAUUGUUUAAUAUUUAAUGUUAUUAUGAUCAGGGCAUUGUAAGGUUUAGGAACUUGUACUGUUUUUUUGGUACACUCAGAUGUACACUGGAAAAAGAAAGAGUUUUAAUGUUUAUUUUAACUGCAUGGGUGAUAGCUGGAACAUGUCAAUAAAUCUACAUUUUGGAUGUG